UAGGGUUGGACCGUCUAACACUCUGUGUGUGCGUGUCUGUGUUGCGUGUGCCUGGACGGCGAAAUAUUUAGCUAACGGUGUUUAAAACAACGUUUUGAUACAAAUUUACGUGCUGUUAAAAAAAAUUGUCGGGUGUGUGUUUUGUUUUCUGAAGAAUCUAUGGAGAUAAAGUCAAUGGUAUUUGAACUGAUUUUGCAUAGCGAGCGGUGACUGUCAUCUAUAGAAGUUUACAGCAAUCAGCGCGUGUAUUAAGUGUCGCGCGAAAACACAGGACUUGAGAGCGUUCAGGAAUACAGCUGCACGUGAUAAAUAAACAGUUUGAAUUCGCUGGAUGUGUGCGUGAGGAUUUGUGAUGUGGCGCCCAGUUUAUAUAGGUACGAAUCGUCUGGUGUGUUUUAGGAGGAUGUAAGCAUGAUAUUUUAUCUAUCAGUCGCAAGGAGCAGAUUUAUGAACAUUUGCAACUCUUGAUUGAAGAACCAGAAAGCCUUGAUAGGGACGUCAUGGAACUUUUUUGGAUAGUUUUCUUCAUAUUUGACAUUAUUUUCAUGACAGACUGUGCUAGAGGUCCUCCACGUGUAGCAGAGAAGGUAGCUCACAGACAGACCGUCAGAAUUGGACGUACCAUGAAACUUCAUUGUCCUGUGGAGAGUGAUCCGCCACCACUCAUCAUGUGGACCAAAGACGGUCGACACAUCCACAGUGGUUGGAUGCGCUUCAGGGUCCUUCAGCAAACCCUCCGCAUUAAAGAGGUGGAGGCAGAGGAUGCUGGGACUUUCAUUUGUAAAGCCACCAAUGGUUUUGGUAGCGUCAACAUUAACUACACCCUCAUCGUCAUCGAUGACUCCAGUGGUAGGAGGGAAGGUGCCAGACCAGCUGGGGAAACAGAGUACUCCACUGACCUGACAGGAAAACUGGUGCGGCCCCGCUUCACACAGCCGGCAAAAAUGAGAAAGCGUGUGAUUGCCCGGCCAGUGGGGAGCUCAGUAAGGCUCAAGUGCACCGCAAGCGGCAACCCCAGACCUGACAUCGUCUGGCUGAAAGACAGCAGGCCUCUGACACCCGAGGAGGUGGGCGAGGGCCGAAAGAAGAAGUGGACCCUCAGUCUGAAGAAUCUUACACCUGAACACAGCGGCAAGUACACGUGUCAUGUGUCCAACCGCGCCGGGAAGAUCAACGCCACCUAUAAAGUGGAAGUCAUCCGUGAAAAUUAUUAGCCCAUCUUGACAGGCACUCAUCCGGUAAACACUACUGUAGACUACGGUGGCACCACAUCUUUCCAGUGUAAAGUACGCAGUGAUGUCAAGCCGGUUAUUCAGUGGCUAAAGAGGGUCGAACCAGGCGGUGAGAGCAAGUACAACUCCACCAUUGAGGUCGGAGACCAUCGCUUCGUUGUGUUGCCCACGGGUGACGUGUGGUCACGACCAGACGGCUCCUAUUUGAACAAGCUGCUUAUCACUCGAGCCAAGGAGGAGGACGCUGGCAUGUACAUCUGCCUUGGAGCCAAUACCAUGGGCUACAGCUUCCGCAGUGCCUUCCUUACCGUUCUGCCUGACCCAAAGCCGCCAUUCUCCCCGAUCCCGUCAGUUCUGCCUCCCAGCCUUCCCUGGCCUGUCAUCAUCGGCAUCCCCGCAGGAGUGGUCUUCAUUUUGGGCACCGUCCUGCUCUGGUUCUGCCAGUCCAGGAAGCACUGUUCCUCAGGAGCCAUAAUCUCCGGCCAGACUUUACCCAACGGCCACCGACAGCCACCCAGAGAACGGUCACUCACAGCUGCCGAUAAAGACUGCAUCAGCUCCGUCACCUACGAGGAAUAUUUGGCUCAGCAGCAACAACAACAGCUUCUGCUGACCCAAGCUGCUCCCAAAGUCUACCCAAAGAUCUAUUCAGACAUUCACACACAUACCCACUCGCACGUGGAUGGCAAAACUCACCAGCACCAACACAUCCACUACCAAUGUUAGCAUUUACUGAGGUCUUCAUACUUACAGUGCUCUGGUUCCUUCUUCAAAGAUCUCCUCAGUCUCUGGCGCAACAUUUUGUCGCCAAAUUAGGGCAGCGUGUUGGCCAAAAUGGGCAAGGUCUUCCUCAAACGCACAUUUCUUCUCAAAAUCCAGAGAAUGGAAAGUCAGUUGAGCCACGAUGUUGCAGUCUAACCAGUCCCUCGCUCUGAAUACCACAAGCAUAAAGACAUUAUGAACAGUGGGGUGGAAAAGGGCAAGGCUAAGGAACAAAUGACAAUAUCUGAGUCUGUUUUGAAAUGGAGAAAUGAUUCACAGAAACAUUGCUGACGGCAAACACUUUUGUAGGUUUGUAUGGGACAAAAGACACAAAUGUAUUGUCUCUUCAAUCUGCUUUCAAACUGUGAUUCCGGAGCGAACUGAUGCUAUGAUAUUUGAAUACGAUUUUUUUCAUAAGCCCAUUGACUAUUUUUGUGGAUGGGGCAUAAGAAAAUUGUUUGCAGAUAUUGAGAGAUAAAGUUACAGUUUAUUUCCUGUAACAGUUUAUAUGCUUUAAAACCGAUUGAAUACAUGAGAGCGUAUGUUUGUGUUGUUUUUGCAGGUAUGGUCGACCUUGUUUCAACUUUAAGAAAUGGUGUAGGUUCAAUCUAGUUUUCUGUCUAACUGUAUCUUUAAUGGAAAAAGAGAA